CCAACUCCUUCAUUUGCACAAAAGCGUUCUUCUUCAUUUCACACACAUUUUUGUAAUUUCUUUUUAUUGCGGUAUAGUGCGGUAAUAGAAUCUUGAUUAUACUAGUUACAUUUAAACUUUCAGCCACUUCCAAGCACUCUCUCCAUUCGUUCAAUUUCUGUUUUAAUUCGUAGCAUUCAGAAUCAAACCACGGUUGACUAAUCCGUUCAGUUUGCCUACGAGGAAUGUCGGCCUCUUUCAUAAUAUUUAUCAUAUUUUUAUAAAACUCUUCAACGUCCCCCUUUUCCAGAUUUGUUCUUAGAAUAUUUUUAUAUUUAGUCUCAAUAAGCUCUUUAAGUAUGUUUUCAUCUAAUUUAAAAUUUUUCUUAUUCAAAGACAUGUCCCCAUUUCUGUUCUUUUGUUUUGUGAAAUUAAAUUCUAUUGAAAUAAAAUUAUGUUUUCUUAUGGUUGGGCAAAUUUUAAAAUUUUCGGUGUAAAUUUUUGGCCCUUUGAAGAUUAAAUCAACCACACUAUGACCAUUACUACAGUCGUAGGUACUUUUAUAUGGAUAUUCAUUUACUAUUGUCAGACUGUUUUCCUCAGCAAAAUCAAGCAGCGAGUCAAUUUUUCUGUUUUUAGUAUCCAGUCGGCAAUUAAAGUCUCCAGCCAAAAUGAAAUUUUCAAAAUUUUCAACAUAUUUAAGGAUUGAGAGAAGUUCAUUAGUCACUGUUGUAGAACGUAUCUUCGGAUUUAAAUAGCAUGUUACUACUGUAAUGUCAUCAAAAUUUAGAAUUAUGAAGUUUUCCAAAUAUUUCACAUUUAGUAAAUUUCCUAACCUAGAAUUAAAAUACACGGAAAUUCCCCUCAUCGGUCGCCCUGCCUCCUUUUGUGAAGCUAAAACUUGCCUUGAAUAAAAACCAGGAAUGUGAAGUGGUUUCUUUAAAAAUGUUUCCGUGAAAAGAAGAAUAUCAUAAUUUUGCAGUUCUGUUGCAAUCGGAGAUUCAUAUGCUUUCGUAAGCCCUUCACAAUUCCAAAGCCCUAAUUUUAAGUUACUCACGUCGCUGUUUCGACAAGGGAAAUCUAUAAAGAAAGUUUCUCACGAGCACCACAGUUGCGCUUGCUUCUCUCCCUGGGUGCAACAGUCUGCGAAUUAGGGGCAUCAUUUAGCUGCUCUCCGUCAUCCGGCUUCCCUCCAGUCUCUUCUUCUUCCUCUCCGGCCUCCUUUGGGUUGAACAAAUUCCCACAGUUUCCCCAGCGUUUGGAGACAUACUUGUUGUACAGAUGAACAGUGACAGGGACAUCUCGAAGUUCUUCGUACAGAGUGUCCAAGACCCAGAGGCGAUGCAGCCUGUCCAUGCCACUGCACAUGUAGGUCAUUGCAAUCUCGUCAAUCUCUUCCUCUCGAAUGACUUGGGCCAGCUUAGCAAAUGCAGUCUUCACUCCCUUUAGGAAAGGCUCAGGUGCUUUGUGCAACUUGUGGGGGGACCUCAUUUUAGUUACCACGUGAAACACAGUACCGUACUUUUCAGUCUUCUCUCUGAUGAUUCCGCCUAUUUCAGUCUUUCCCGGCUCCGCUUUUGGUUUGCCCACCGCCGCCGUAACCUCUUGUGCAGCCCCCAUGCUGGUCCAGAGAUCAGAGGCUAUGGCGUGUGCCUUUAUCUCUUGCUUGGCAUCCAGUAGACUGACCCCUUGAUGUUCAACAAACUUGACCUUGGCUCCCUCCACUGCGAGCGACUCAUCAUUCUUCAUGGCCUCAUCGAGUUGGGCAGAGCGAUCGAUGUAUUGGUUCACGCAGGGUGUGUCAUCAGCCUUUGUCAGAGGAGCAAUUGGUGGAUAAUAACCUCUCUGAUACCUGCCGUGAAAUUGCCUCCGUCUGUUAUCUGUACCGCUCGACUCAUUUUCUGCAUUCUUCUCGUAGAAAAGGACCUUCCGCUCAAGCUCCCUCAGCUUAGCCUCGUGCUUCUCAUCUCUCUCCUUCCAGGACAAACGUUCCUUUUCGAAUUCCUCCUGCAUCAAAGAUACUGUUUUACUGAACAUUUCGCCAAGUUGGUCAUUCUGAAUUUUGAGCUGAUUUGAGAAUUGCAGCGUGACAUGCUGGAAAACACGCUGAAUGAUUUCCUCCAACGUUACUACAGCUCCCGGAGGAGCCGGACCUCCUGCAUAAGUCUGUCCAAAACCUCCUGAGUUGAGAACUGGUCCAUUGUUUCCAUUUUGCAGAGGGUUUGGCGCCAUCUCCUGUCCGGGGGUGGGUGGAGUUCCUUCGGGCCAUGCUGGAUGAUGGAAUUUUGCUCUAUUUUCUGUAUGUCCGUAAGAAGGGCCACAAUUUAUGGGUGGCUGGGCAGCGUACCCUUGUGGUGACCUCCACGGCACAUGUGCAGAUGCCAUGGCCUUCAACUCAGGGAAAAAAGGCGAAAUUAGACACACGACCCUCCUAAACCAGUGUUUUCCUUACCGAAGCAUUUCAGGAUUGUACCGGUACCGACCCUCCUCCGGUCUGUAAUUCACUGGCGAGGGUUCAUUGAAUUUCCACUCGGCGUAAAACUUGUGGUAGGCUGCGGGUAGAUUUUUGUAGGGUUCUCUCUCAAGCAUCGGAGGUAUUCUUGCUUUCAAAAGCUGCAGCGAUUUUGCAAACCUUGCCACGGUUAAGAAUACCAUCCCGCUGGUAAUUUAUGUAGUGGUACAAAAAUAUUGUAAGCAAACAGCUCUGGUUGUCCUGUAAAGAUUCAUAAAGAUCGCAAUGUGGUUUAAUGUGGUUUUAUUUAUUUAUUUUAUUUAAGAAGAAAAUUGGAUUCUCUUUUAUUCAUUAUGUAUUUAAAAUAAUUAUACUAAAAACUGAAAAAUAUUUACCGGCAAUUAAAAAAAAAAUGCGCUAUGUUGCAAAAAUCUUGGAUGUUGUCUUUGGGUGUUCUUCCGCCCACGCCCACUUUUGGUCACACGGCCCGGGGUCAACAAAGGAUUAGUGCCAACUUACAAGAAAUAUUUGAGAAAUUUCGAGCAACUUUUUAUCUAAUAAAAUUCUUUAAAUUUGAUAAUAAAUCUAUUACACUUUAUUUAUUCGUAAACAAUAAAUUAUUUCGUCAAAAAAUAAUAAAAAUUGGUUGAAAUUUAAAGGGAACAUUAAUUGUUUUUAUUUUGUUGUGUUGCAUGCAUUUGUGAAAUACGGGCUUCGGCUUCAUUCGGCUUGCUGGGCUUGAAUGUGAUGUGAUUGAAGGGAAUGGGAAAGAAAAGAAGUGAAUGAAAGGGUUGGCAAGAUGGCUGAGUUUAUAAGGGGUGGUGCGGGUGUAAUUCCAGUCAGCAAGGAAAAGCUGCACGGUUCUCCAAGCACCGGCAGCGAGGAUGGUCAGGAUGGGUUGGCCGUCGACGAGUUCGACCCCUUCCUGGCCGACAACGAAGAGGCCGAAAGCAGCAACGCGUCCCUGCUGGGCGCACCACACGAAACUCAAUGGUACCAUGGCCGACUGGACAGAUACACUGCCGAGGAACGCCUGUACGAGGCCUCUAAGUUGGGUAGUUACCUCAUAAGGGAGAGCGACCGGAAACCCGGCUCAUACGUCUUGUCCUACCUUGGCCGGACGGGCAUCAACCACUUCCGAGUCACUGCAGUAUGUGGAGACUUUUACAUAGGAGGUCGUCAGUUUGACUCGCUUUCCGACCUCAUCGGCUACUACACCAAUGUCACUGACCUCCUCAAGAAGGAACGCCUCAUACACCCUGUGCCACCACCAGAGCCUGUCAACGACAAGAAGAGGAUCGUUGCUAUCUUGCCAUACACCAAAAUGCCAGACACUGAUGAAUUAAGCUUCCAAAAGGGUGACAUCUUUUUUGUCCACAACGACAUGGGCGAUGGUUGGCUUUGGGUCACAGCCCAUCGGACGGGAGAGCAAGGGAUGAUUUUCAGGGAUCUGGUUGAAGAUUUAGCUGACAACAUUGAUCCUAAUACUGUUUUCUCCUGGUUUCACCCAAAUGUGACUAAAAAUGAGGCUGUCGACAUGCUGGUUAAAUCCGGCCCAGGCAGCUUUUUGGUUAGGCCGAGUGAUAACUCUCCAGGGGACUACUCGUUGUUCUUCCACAUCAACAAUCAAAUCCAAAGAUUCCGUAUAGAAAAGAAGGGUGUGCGCUACUUGAUGGGAGGCAGAACCUUUGAGUGUCUGGACGCCGUCAUCAACAGAUACCGCAAAGAGCAGAUUGUUGAAGGCCACACCUUAAUUCAGCCGGUUGGUAGGGCUCUUAGUGAAGCUGAUGAAGCAUUUGCAAAGCCAAAGGAAAUAGAUCAUGCAGAAAAAAUUUAUGCUACUCUCAGGGAGUGCAGAGAACAAGUCGGACUAAAGAAAAACAAAGGAAUCAAAAUGCAAGGAUUUUUGAACAAAAAAAGUGAAAAGAACAAAAAGUGGAAAUCCAUGUUUUUUGUCCUUCUGGUCGAAGGAAGCGAUACUCACUUAUACUUUUACGACAACCCCAAAAGGACGAAACCCAAGGGUCUAAUAGAUCUUAGCUGUGCUUACUUAUACCAAGUACACGACAGCGUAUUCGACAGACCCCACUGCUUCCAGCUGGUCGAAAGGGCCCUUCCCUGCCUUGCCACUAUCACCUACUUGUGUGCAAACAACGCUGAUCUUGUACAAGACUGGAUAUCAGCUUUGAAACCACUUUGCAUCACCCAGAUGACUCGCUCACCCAAAGUCCAGCGGCUCAGAGAACUGAAAUGCUUACAGCUUCACAUUUUGGAUGCACACAGACUUCCUUUCAAGCUAGUGCCAAAUCCUUUCUGUAUUAUAUCCCUGAAUCAAGUAAAAGUGGCCAGGACAAAAGUAAAAACCGGUUUGGAUCCUGUUUGGGACGAGGAGUUUUUGCUUGAUGACAUUCCGCCUGACGUCCUGUCAUUUACAAUUACUGUUUACAACAAAGGCAAACGAUCAAAAGAUACUGAGGUUGCAGAACUCACAGUGGAUCUCCAAUCAUUGACAAAUGGCGACGAGGUGGAAGAGUGGUUCAAAUUUUCUGGCAUUACUCCAAUUGGCGAGUGGGGAUCUUUGAGAUUGCGAGUCCGCUAUCUCCACGAUUUGAUCAUGCCCCAAGAAGAAUACUCGCCCCUACAGCAGCUUAUUUUGGACCCUAGUCUUGAGGUGGUAAGGGCGCUGGCCGACAUUUGCCACCUUGACCGCAUCCCUCUGGCAAACUCGUUGCUACGAAUUUUUAGACAUGAGAGAAAGGAGGCUGACCUCUUGAGAUCUUUGAAUGAGGCUGAAAUCGAAAGGGAGCAGGAAACCUCUACUUUAUUGAGAGCCGCUUCCCUGACGACCACUUUGAUGGAUUUGUAUAUGAAGUCCGUUUGCACUGGUUUCCUCCAAGCAGCAAUUCAGGACACCAUUUUGAAACUACUAGAAACCAAGCAAUCCUGUGAACUAUUUAUGCAGUUGAACCCAAAUAAAAUGGACUCGCCAGACGAUGCAUGUGCAAAUGCCGAGUUUCUGCUGCAAAUUCUGGAUGAAGUUACACAUUCCAUUUUCAUGGCCUUUGACUCGUGCCCAAAGACUGUGAGGUACAUUUGUGGAUGUCUACAAAGGUCAGUAGUGAACAAGUGGCCACACGAGAGAUUAGUUAAGACCAGAGUCGUAAGUGGAUUCAUCUUUUUACGCUUACUCUGCCCUGCAAUUCUCAACCCCAGGCAGUUCAACCUCAUAGCUGAGCCACCUCCCCAAAUGGCAAGUAGAUCGCUAAUCAUGGUGGCAAAGUGCCUGCAAAAUCUGGCCAAUUUGAUUGAAUUUGGAGGAAAGGAGCAGUACAUGGAAGUGGUAAAUCCCUUCAUUUUAAAGAACAAGGAGAGGAUGGUGGUCUUUUUGGACACUCUUUCGAAUGUAACUGACAAGCCUGAACCUGAGGAGGCCCGAAUCAAAGGGGACCCUGCAAGGGAUCUGGGCACUCUUCACCAUAUUUGCUGCUCACAUCUGAAAGAACUGCAAGCCCUAUCAAAAGAACAGCCCACAAUCAAGAAGCUUGUGACAGUCACCGAAAUGCUGAGCAAGCAUAAACAGAAGUACAUGGAGAUGAUCCGUUGAAAUCUAUGUGCUGCUGCAUUAUUCUUCUGCAUUCGAUAAGAUUUUUCUGCAUUUAUUUACCAAAAAAAAAAAAAAAAACAAGAUGUUCAA